CGCCCGGGCCCGGGUGUAGCCAGACCGCCUGUUUACUCUGUCAUCCGGCUUAAAACCCGGCCAAGGGGCCGGAUGGCCUCGACACGCCGCGUAACUGGGGCUUUGGCUGCUCGGGCUUGCACCGAAUAGCCACUCACAGGCUUGGAGUGUGAUGUUUUGCUUGCUCGCUGUUGGAGCUGUCCUCCCUACCCACCCAGUGGAGAACCGAUUAUUCCUUUUCCUCCCUGGUCACGGUAAAAAUCACAAAGAUGCUGCCUCGGUCAGGGCCACACACCCCAUCCCUGCAGCCUGUGGCAUUUAUUACUUUGAAGUGAAGAUCGUCAGUAAAGGUAGAGAUGGGUACAUGGGAAUAGGACUUUCUGCUCAAGGGGUCAACAUGAACAGGCUUCCUGGAUGGGAUAAACAUUCUUAUGGGUACCACGGUGACGAUGGGCACUCCUUCUGUUCCUCGGGGACGGGGCAGCCCUACGGCCCCACGUUCACCACUGGAGACGUGAUCGGCUGCUGUGUCAACCUCAUCAACAAUACCUGCUUCUACACGAAAAAUGGCCACAGUUUAGGUAUAGCCUUUACAGACCUCCCUUCAAAUCUCUACCCCACAGUGGGUCUCCAGACUCCAGGAGAGAUCGUGGAUGCCAACUUUGGGCAGCAGCCCUUUGUGUUCGACAUUGAGGACUACAUGAGGGAGUGGCGGGCAAAGAUCCAGAGCACCAUUAAGCGGUUUCCCAUAGGAGACAGGCUGGGCGAGUGGCAAGCCAUGCUGCAGAAUAUGGUUUCAUCAUAUUUGGUUCAUCAUGGGUACUGUUCCACAGCAACUGCCUUUGCCAGAGUCACAGACACCACAAUCCAGGAAGAACAGACCUCAAUAAAGAAUAGACAAAGAAUACAGAAGCUAGUAUUAGCAGGCAGAGUGGGAGAGGCUAUAGAAGCCACCCAGCAGCUCUAUCCUGGCCUCCUAGAACAUAACCCCAACCUGCUCUUCAUGUUAAAGUGUCGGCAGUUCGUGGAGAUGGUGAACGGCACGGACAGCGAAGUGCGUUGUUUCAGCACCCGCAGCCCCCGGUCCCAGGACAGUUACCCCGGGUCCCCCAGCCUCAGUCCUAGACACGGAUCGAGCAACUCCCACAUUCACAGUACUGGAGCAGAUAGUCCAACCUGUAGCAAUGGAGUCAUGUCCACAAAAAGCAAACAGAGUCACAGUAAAUACCCAGCACUGAGUUCAUCAUCUUCAUCUUCCUCCUCCUCUUCCCCCUCAUCUGUGAACUACUCUGAGUCCAAUUCUACAGAUUCUACCAAAUCUCAGCAGCACAGUAGUACGAGUAAUCAAGAAACCAGUGACAGCGAGAUGGAAAUGGAGGCUGAACAUUAUCCCAACGGAGUCCUGGAAAAUUCAUCCACCAGGAUAAUGAAUGGCACCUACAAACAUGAAGAGAUCCUGCAGACGGAUGAGUCCAGCAUGGAAGACAGCUGUCCCCAGAGGCAGCUCUGUGGAGGGAACCACGCUGCCACCGAGAGAAUGAUCCAGUUUGGGCGGGAGCUGCAGAUCCUGAGCGAGCAGCUUUGCAGAGAAUAUGGGAAGAACACCGUGCACAAAAAGAUGCUUCAGGAUGCCUUUAGCUUGUUAGCUUACUCAGACCCUUGGAACUGCCCCGUUGGCCAACAGCUGGACCCGAUCCAGAGGGAACCUGUGUGUGCUGCUCUCAAUAGUGCUAUAUUGGAAUCUCAGAACCUGCCAAAGCAGCCCCCGCUGAUGCUUGCCCUGGGCCAGGCCUCGGAGUGUUUGCGGCUCAUGGCUCGUGUGGGCUUGGGCUCCUGCUCCUUUGCCAGAGUAGACGACUAUUUGCACUAACACAGAGCAAGAUGGAGUUGACAUCGUUGAGUGCUGCCCUUCACCCUCCGUUGCUGCCACUCUGCACCACCACCUCGUUCGAUAGCCUGACCUCCCUGCCACCAACACCCCCUCUAGCACACACAAACACUGCCUGUGAAAGGACUGAGUGAGUCCCCUCACUGUGUGGCUAUUCCUGACCCCAGGAACAACUGGCAGAUCUCACCUGUCUCCCUGCCAUUGCUGCAGCUCCAGCAGCACUCAGUAUUUCGCUGGUUAUUCUAAUGUAGCGCCUUCUGAUGUAGGGAUUUCUCUUUGUUUUGAUUUGAGUUGUUUCUCAUGGUUCCACCGAUAUUUUAUCUGGAGAGUUUUGCUGAGCUGGUUUAUGCUGAUUUACUGAGGAAGCUGAUCAAGUUGGUGACAGCUUGUUCUUUUCUUCCCUUCUCCCUCCAUCGUGCACAUACAGCAUCAUCUUCUGUGCUAGUUAUCUGAACUCUUCUCACAGUGGCAGUUUAGAGGGAUUUUUUUUUUUAAUUUUAUUUUAUUUGAAUCAUGUUUAUUAAAAAGGUCUCUUCCACCUCCACAAAGUCAUUGAUGUAUUUAUUGCCCACAGACUCGGUCCCAGACAUACACAUCGUACAACCCCGCAGGAGACCUGGUGAGGUAGGUCCUGUCACGCACUAAUGGUGGGAGUUGGAGGAGCCUGGUCCUUCAUGGUGCCUCUCUUAAGAGCCCAAGGCUCUCAAAUUUGGCUUUGUGAGUGGGAAGAGUAAAAGACUUGACAUUGCCUUGUGUUAGUGGUUGUGCUGUAGAAGUGUCUCACAACCCUGAGAAAUAGUUAAAUCCAGCUCUCCUGGCAGCUGGAGGGACAGGACUGGUGAAUGUGAAGUCAUCUGCCACUGCAUGUGUAGAAGCAGGUUGUGUGAGCCUGCCGGAAACAUCCAUGGGUGCUGCCCUGUUGGGCCGACAGUUUUUUGUUAAAUUAACAAAUCCUCCUUUUUUUCCAUGUAGGAGGGCUCUGGCACUAAGACUCAGUAAUAACAGUAUUUCCUGCCCCCACGUCCCCACAACACUGAUCUAAAUGAGCAUUUCUGAAUUUUGGAAGAAUGUCUUGAGAAGCCUGGCUGGGCUGUGCUCACCUUCUCAGGUGGGACAUGCUGACAUCAGCUUGUGGGUUGGGGUCAGUACCAGCUUUGCCAGGCCUGAGCCAUUCAGGAGAGAGCAGCAAUGUUUCUUUAAGGAUUACUAAGAUAAUUACUGAAGUUUCAGGCCCAAAGGAGACCAACAAAGAUCUGUGGGUGAGUAACCUCCAAGUAAGAUGGACUGAUGUGUCUGUGCUGUGGUAUCAGGCCCAGGGACUCGAGUGAUACCAAGUGUUUAAAGCACCUGUUUGUGUUUCUGAGUAUGUACUGUUACCUGGUGAAGCUGUGGGCAGCACCACCAUGUGCUUUGCAUCCUCUGCUGUACCAUUAAGUGAUGGCAGGUUGAGCCUGGCUGUGUGGCAGGAGUUGCAGUUCUGCACCAAAUGAAUUUUAGGUCAGUAGCUCUGGGGAGGACCCAGGGGAGCUCAAACUGAACAUGACUUUUACUGCUGUUCACCAUUUUUUUUUUUUUCUGAAGGUUCAGUGAAAGAUGAACAGGUUGGGAUGAGGUUUGCCCUUAAAAUGGAGGUUAGCCUGUGCCAGGAAUUGAAG